AUGCUCACAAUCAAGUCACCACUGCUUUAUAGUUUCCUUUUCAUAGUUUUUAUAAUUUUAACUGUGAAGGAGUUAACGAAAGUGAAAAAAAUGACAGCAUACGCAAAAUGGAGCAGUUGUUUUCAAAAUGGUAUUGACUCAUGGAACAAUUUGACUACAACUGCAGAGUUUCUGAAUCAUGCAGGUAAUAUUAGCUCAAAUUGUAAGAUUAUUCUUGAUUUGAACAUUGUGAAGCUUAGUGAUUCGAAGUUUUAUAUUUCUCCUCAAGUGCAAAAAUCUUUAACACAUGCCACUGUUGGAAUUUCAAGUAAUUUUGAAGCCGAAUCGCAACUCAAAAAGGUUUUAGAACUAAGUAGUCAUCAUUUUUUAAUAUGCCAAUUGUUUCAGAGGCUUCCUAUUAUAAAUAUCUUUGGAGCGACUCCCAAACUAUCGGAAAGGGAAAGGGAAUUAUUUCAAAAAAUCGGAAAUUAUUAUCCUGUCGCAAUUGGUACAAAAUCGGGCCUGGUCAAUGUUACAAUGAAGCCACAGUAUAAUUAUUCAUUAAAUGACUCUGCCGUACCCAGCUCCAAAUCAGAAUUUCAACUUGAUUUAAUCUAUUUUCUCAAGGAUGUUUUGAAACAAGACUUUUAUUACAGCAUCUGGUUUAAUAUAUUUUUUGAUGAAUUACCCAAUAUGUUACAUCGUAAUCGAAAUUUUGAUGAAAAUAGGAUAACGUUAUGCCAGAUAAAUAUUAACAUUGACAACGAUCAGAAGACAAAUAUGAAACAGUUUUUUAAAUCAUUAAUCAGUGAUAAGCGAUAUGUGAUUAUUUUUGAAGUCGUCAACGAUUAUGGAGUAUUAUUCCUUAUAAAUUUUGAUAAUACCACAUGCAGGAAAAAACUUGGAAUCGUUCGGAAUGUAUAAUGUGUGUUUUUAAUUG